AUCGGCAAAUUGUCUGCCGCCGACUCACGUUUUAUUGACCAUAUUAUUUAACAAUUGAAAAUUAUCAAUUAAAAAUUAAAUACACUGCAGCAUGAACAGCAUUGGGGACGAUUGCAAUGAGCUGAAAAAGCAAUACGAUGCUUGCUUCAACAACUGGUUCUCCGAACGUUUUCUCAAAGGCCAAACCAAUGAUUCCGUCUGUGCGCCCAUUUUCAAGGUUUAUCAGGAGUGCGUCAAGCGUGCAAUGCGUGAGCAGAAAAUUGAAUUACGUGAAAUUGAAACGGAUUACAGCACCGGCCCCACUGAAUACGACAACAACAACAUUGGAGGAAGUUCUCCGGGUGCAGGAGCCAGCAAGCAGCAGGGCAAAAGUUGACCUCUGACGAGGGACUUACAGCCGUUCCAUGGUGAUACGAUCAGAGCAAAGUCCGAGUCCCACAUUCACGGGCAGCAGUCCAAUGGGAGUGAAGACGCAUUCCCCUGGAAGCACAAGCGCGGCUCCACAAUCUAAAAAAAAAAAAACAACCAAAUAAAAAGAGAAAAGAAACAAAUACAAAGUGUAUAUUAAAACGUUCAAAGAAAUUAAUAUUAAGUGGAAUAAAUAGACCUGUAACGGGAUUACUACGAUUAAAGUUUGUAAAUAGUAUGUGAAAUUAAA